AUGGCAAAAUCGCAGUGGGCCACGUUUAAAACGCUCUUCAAUAUCUUCUGCUGCCCUCCAAUCCCCUCCCGUAUUACUAAUAAACUUGCUUUUGUGCCCCCAGAUCCGACGUACGUCUUAUUGGACCACCCUGACGGCCAAGGAAAAAUAUUUCGGCCGCUAGAGUCAGCAGAGUGGCAGUUUGGCUCGUCGGAGUUGGAGAACAUUGAGGCAUUCAGUUGUACAACCAAAAAUAAAGAAUCCAUUUACGUUUUAUCCUUGAUUAGGAAGAACUCCUACAAGUACACGAUAAUGUUUAGUCAUGGCAACGCAGUCGACCUCGGCCAGAUGAGUAGCUUCUUAACGUACCUUGCUAAUGAACUCAAGUGCAACAUAUUCUGCUAUGAUUAUUCUGGUUAUGGGGCUAGCAGUGGUAGGCCUAGCGAAUCGAAUUUGUAUGCUGAUGCUGAAGCUGCUUUUGAAUGUCUUCUUCAAAGGGCUAUGCUAAAGCCAGAGGAGGUCAUCCUAUACGGACAGAGCAUAGGUACAGUGCCGACAAUUGACCUUGCCACCAAGGUCAAGUGCGCCGGGGUCAUCCUACACUGCCCACUCAUGUCUGGGAUGAGGAUUGCAUUCCCCAAAACUAAGGAUACAUGGUUUUUUGAUUCAUUUCCAAGCAUUGACAAAGCCAAAAACAUUGAGUCCCCAGUCCUCGUCAUCCACGGCACAGACGAUGAAGUCAUCAACAUUUGUCACGGGCAGAACAUUUUCAAACAGUGCCCUAAGACCGUGGACCCCCUCUGGGUUCCCGGUGCUGGCCACAACGACAUCGAAAUGUACCCCAUCUACAUUGAAAGGUUGCAUAAGUUUAUUGAGCAAGAUUUACCAUACAGCUGA